AUGCUGGACAGCACGGAAGUCGCUGUGCCGAGGCUCAAGGCCAUCAAGUGGUACAGCCAGCAGUUCAGUGCAUUCGGCUAUCGUGAUGAAUGGUUUGCUGAUGCCUUGUCCUACAUGGAUCGACUAGCGGUGGCAAUGCACGACUGUGAGGAGAUGCCCUCUUUGCAGGGGCGGCCGAAACAAGCGGCUGUUUGGACCAUGAGCCACGAACCGCUCUGGCUCGCGAGCAUGUUCAUUGCCCUGAAAAUGUCUGAAGCCGAGCCUGAGCUUGACAUUUCUUUGCUCGACCUUAUCCUGGCUCUUGUGCAGCUAAAGGAAGGCGAGACGACGAGCGUGUACAAGCAAAGGCUUCCAAAGAUCAAGAUGAUGGAGAUCUUUGCAUCCCGACUGCUGGACUACAAGCUGACUGUUCCUACGCCCUUCCAGCUGGUGCAGCACAUGACCAUGGAGAUAUGCCGCAGCGUGCAGAACACGAAGAUGAAGGAAUGGCCUGGCUUCAAGCUGAUGAAGCUUCCCCUCCUCAUGGGCCCACCGCUCAAGAAAAUGACGGAGGAGGAGAUGAAGCAAAGAGCCCUUCCAGCCCGGCAGCUGUGCAUGUUCCAGGUGGCAGCCAACCUCUUGGUGGAGCUUUCAGUCGUACAUCGGCCUGUAGAGGCCUAUGGAAACCAGCUCCCGGCAGCGGCAUUGGCCUUGGCCGUUGUCCAGCUGGCCCUGCAUGGUUUCAAUACGGAUCCACCAGAGGAAUGCAUCGCCAAGCUGGCAGAAAUGAAGGAUCAGCUCACCUUUCCAGACCACGUGACCGAGGAUACUCAGAAGACGCUCAUGGCUUCGCUUUACCGUCUUUGGACUAAUGCCGCUGAGAGCUCUCCAGUUGUGCAGAAAUGGAAGCAGAGACUUCGCAAGGACAACCCCACAGCUACCUUGCCUACGGCACCUCCUAAGGAUAAGCUUCCGGAGGACCUCCAGGAGUGCUUGGAAUACUCCACUCCGUUGAGGCUGGGGGCGAAGAAGGAGCCAAAAGUUCUCUCAGCCACGCCUUGCCGCAUGCCGCAGCCAGAGAAGGAUGGCUGCGGCUACAGCACGCCCACGAAGCCCUUGGCACCACCAGGUCAAGCACGUCUUGGCCAUUUGGACACGGUCUUGACUCCUCUAUCAGCCCGGCAACUAUCGCUGGAGACGACUGUGUUGACCCCUCCGCCUGCUCCCCGACCGGCAGUGGCAACGCUGGUCUCAGAGCCCGAAGCAGAACCGGCAGUGCAAUCGGCUCCAAUGGAGACGUCUGUGGCAGUUUCGGAGCCGGUGCUGCCAGUGCCGCAGGCUCCGAUGCAGACCUCGGCUUCCGUUCCAGAACCUGCGCUACAGGCCCCCAUGGAUACAUCGGAGGCUACGGUUGCUGUGCCAGCGCCGGAGAUACAGGAGGAGCCUCUGCCAGAAGCUUUCCACGUAGAGCACCAGGACCUCGCACAGCAACAGACGCAGAUGUCAGGGCGCCAGCGCAGCCGCAGCCGCGAUAGCGGCAAAAAAGACGUGCGUAGCCCCGAGAUGGCCAAGGAGGCAGCAUCAUCGCAAAUUGUGGCUGCAGCAGCGCCGGUACAGCCGCCAACGGCAGGGGCAGAAGCCGCGGCUGUUCCGUCGGCAGCGCCACAGGCACUGGGGGCCGAGCCGGGGCCCGUCGCAGCAUCAGCAGAGGCAACGCAGGCUCCAAAGCAUGCUACGAAAGUGUUCCCUACAUGGGCGCAGGUCACCGGGAAGUCGGGAAUUGGCAGCGCCAUGGCCCCCUUCCGUCUUCCUGCGAAAUCGCCGUUAGAGAAGCAGGUGUCCAAGGCGGAGGUCUCAAGCGGAGGUCAGAAGGAAGGUGAAGCAGGGGCGUCUCCUCGAAGGAGCAGGAGUAUUCGUCUUAGACUAGACGGUGCCCCAAAGCCUUCACCACCACUAGCUGCUCCAGAUUCUUCCAGUCUUGUCCCGGCGGCGCAGGUAGCCAAGCCUACUGAGACCAGACAAAGCUUGCAGCAAAGGGGCGCCAUCAGAGGCGACGGCGUACCGCAGAUGAAUUCCCGCACUCUGCGCAACGGGAGGCACGUGGAGAAUGCCCAGGCGCAUGUGCUGUCGAACUCCAAAGAGGCCAGGGUGCAACGGCAAAACAGUCGCGCACGGGUUUCGCAGGCAGAGGAGGAGUCCGCUGAGAGAACGCCACCGCCGCCGACAAAAAGAAAGAAGGCUGCCAAGGACGAAGAUGAAGAGUGGGAUCCUGAAAAGGAUGAUGACUGCGAAUCCGAUGAGGGAUCCGACUGCCGCACCGACGGCAACAACAAGAAUAGGAAGCGGGUCAAGCCGAAAACUGGUAACCUACGGUCACCCAGCAGAUCGCAGCGACCCAGAGGUCCAAAGGCGCCGAAAGCAAAGGCGAAGUCUCAGUCUAGGCCCAGAGCGAUGCCCAAGGACAUCUCAGCGAAAGCAGGCGCUCAAAAGAGGAGCAUGCACGCCCAGCCGACACCGUUCGGUCAGGCGCCACGUCCGAGGCCAACAAGCGAGUCCAUUCAAAUGCCGCGGCGAUUGGACUAA